GCUCAGACAUGGUUGCCGUUAGCGACCGAGCAACUGAAACUCGGAGAUGCGUAACGACGAAAAGUAGAACCGAGCUUUUACGAAGGGGGUUUAAAAAAAUAAUAACUUAAGUGUUUGUCCGUGUAGAAACAGGGGGAGAAGCUGGGUUUAUUCUUUCUUUAGUUUGUACUCAUCAUGGCAACUCCACAGAGAAAGGAAGAAAAGUGCACGAUGGCGGAGGGAAACACGAUGGAGCACGUGGACAGUAUUCAGAAGUCACUGGAGAAGCUUCGGAUCCUUUCUACAGAGGAUACAAAAGAGAUGCUGCGGUCCAGAAUAGAUGAACAGUCAAGUCUGAUCUGCAUACUGAAACAGAGAGCAGAUGAGCUGCUUCUUCGGUGUCAAGCCCUGCAAAAAAUCAAUACGGAGCUGGAGGGCCAAGUAACAGACUACAAGAAAGAAGUGGACAGCAAAAGAAAGACAAUAGAGCUACUAGAGAGGAGAUUCAUGGAUUUGGCUGCCAACAAUAAAGCGAUUAUUGCUUUCAUGGACGAGUACAAAACUCAGAAUGCCCAUUUAAAGCUGGAGAACAAACAGCUGCAGUCAGAAAACGACACACUUUUCUCCCAAAAGUUACAAGAUAAAGAAGUGUUUGUUCAAAACCUGCUGCAAGAAAUCCAACAGCUGACAGAGAAAUACACAAAUAAGGAAAAUGAGUAUCGAGAGAAAUUAGCUGGAUGCCAGUCAAAACUCCUGGAACAAGCGACUCUGCAUCAAGCCAAGGAAGCAUCACUAACCGAACAAUUACAUGAAACUCAACAACAGCAAAGAGGCGCUGUGAAGAUGUGCAAAGACCUUAAGCUGCAGCUAGAAAAGGCUGAAGAAGAGCACGCUUUGGACAAAAUCCACCUGACAGAAAGCAUAACAAGCCUCACCAAAGAGAAGGACAGGUUAUUGCAUCUGUCUAUGGACAGAGGGAAAGCAAUACAGGAGAAACAAGAAGAAAUCCAGCAGCUGGAGACAAAAUGGAAAGAAGAGAAAAAAGCCCGGGCCGAAGCGGAGGACAGGUUUGAACGGGAAGCUGAAGCCGUCAAUGCGGAUGAGAAAGUGAAAUCUCUCAAGUCUGCUCUCGAAGAAUCCACGACAAAAUAUGUGAAGUUCCAAAAGGAUUUUGAAGCCUUCAAAGAACACAGCAACAACCUCCUCGUACAAGAAAAGGAGUUGAAUAAGACACUGCGCCACAUGAUCGGCUAA